AUGCAACCUCAGUACAUCCUCGAAUCGGUCCACUCCGUUGUUCUUCGGCUGGAAGGUAUAAGGGAGGAAUUGUAUAAGGCAUUGGGAGAAAUUGCGACUGUUAAAGAAACCUCUGCUCGGAUUUCAAAGAGCCGACUUGAUCAAAUACGCCGUUUAGAGAGUCAGUUGGAGACUGAAAGAGACAUUUCUAACCGUUCUAUUAGUGCUAUUAAAAGCCAACUGGCUUUUCGCGAAGCUGAUUAUUCUUCAGUGUCAGCCGAAUUACUUCGUGUCAAACAAAUGCUAGUCGACAUUCCUAGCACAACCUCACUAUCAAGCUCCCCAAUUUCGUCUCUUUUAGCUUCUGUCAGUACUUCUCCAAGUUGCUUUAUUAACUCUCGCUCAUCCUUGCCAAAUAUUCAAGCCAAAAAAAAUCAGCUGCCAGAUAUUCCCAUUAUGCCUCCACCGCAAAAUCGGGAUUUUGUUAGCAAUGAUAUGCCUCUCCCUCGAACUGUUACGCCUUCUCGUCGUAAAAGCAUUAAACAUUUCCCUAAAACUUGGCGGAUUGGACUUUGUUCUCGCAAUCAAAUCGUCGAUAAAAGACCAUCGAUGGAUUCUGCCGUAACUCUUAAAAAAGAUAAUCGAUUACUUCUUUUUCCAGCCAAUAGUUCUGAUGAAUUUUUAUUUUUGCAGCCAAUUGAUCCUUCAAUUCUCGCAAACCAAAUUGGCGGUAGACGUCAUUAUGAUACUGCUUUUGUUAAUGACUCUUCCUUGUCCAAAACUCCUUCUCCGAAAAAGAAAAAAAACUCUUAUCAUAAAUGUGCAGAGACUCUUUCAUCAAAUUGUCAUCCUUAUCCCCAGCAAGUAAUUGCAUUUUUUGAUGAACUUUUAAGUUUUAUUUUUUAA